AUUAAUGGUAGGACAAAAACUGUCUUAAAAACAGCAUGAGAACGACAAAGCUUCACGACUAAUUGUAAUUUUAUUGGACUCCGUCUUGAAGACCAACGUUACAUCAGAUACACAAUAAGGCAAGGUGGACUCCCGAGUGACGCAGUGGUCUAAGGCACUGCGUUUCAGUGCGUCGCUGCAGUCCCUAGUUCAAAUCCAGGCUGUAUCUCAUCUGGCUGUGAUUGGGAGUCCCAUAGGGCGGCACACAAUUUACCCAGCGCCGACCGGGUUUGGCCGGGAACAUCUCAAGGAUGGUCAAUGGAAAAAGGAUCCACCUAAAGUUAAAACUCGAGUCUCAGACCCAUUGCUAUGAGUACUUAUGUAAAUAAGGUUCAUCAAACCAUCCCCUCUAUGGACCUACUGAGGAGAACAGCCAUGCAAGAGGACAUGGUCCAGUACGAUCUCUUCUUGGUUCAGCCAAACCUCUCAGACACACAGGCUGACGAACUAUGUCUGCAACACCUAGUGGAGGAGAUUUUGGCCAAGGUUGCACCUCUCCUUAUGCGGCAUAUCUGGCAACAGCAGCCAUUCAACCUCAAGUACCACACUGAGAAAGGGGGAGUUCCUGCACACAUUGGAGGUAGCACUGUGUUUGGGGACAGUGUGGAGGAUGAGUGGUUCAUCGUAUACCUCCUCCUCCAAAUCACACAAGCCUUCCCUGAACUUGCUGCCAGGUUAGAGGACAAUGAUGGGGAGUUCCUUCUGAUUGAAGCAGCAGACUAUCUUCCAAAGUGGUUGAAUCCAGAGAGCAGUGAAAACAGAGUGUUCCUCCACAGAGGUGAGCUGUACAUCCUGCCUUGUCCCUCCCGCUCUGGUGAUGUUGGCCUGCCCAGAGAUGCAGUGCCCAGUGUGACCCAGGCUCUGGCACUGCUGUCAUCCCACACACAGGCCUGUCUCGCAAGCCCCAAGAUCCGCACUGCCCUGGGGAAAAGACUGGCGGGAUAUCCAGAGAAGAUCCAGGCAAACCUUCACCAUGCUCACUGCUUCCUGCCUGCGGGCAUCGCUACAGUGUUGGCACAGCGACCAGACCUGGUUGCCCCGGCAGUGUCAGCUUUCUACCUGAGAGAUCCAGUAGAUCUACAGGCCUGUCGGACGUUCCGGACCUUUCCCGCCGACACACGAGUCCUAACCUCUGUGACAUUCACCCGUUGCCUGUACGCCCAAAUGCAGCAGCAGAAUUUCACCCCCGACCGGAGGAGUGGGUUCACCCUGCCUGCCCGGUCCCACCCCCAGUACCGUGCCCACGAGCUGGGCAUGAAACUGGCCCAUGGCUUUGAAAUCCUGUGCUCCAAAUGCAGACAGCCAUCAUCGGUGCCUGAUGCUCCCAUCAGUUGUAACCCCUUGUGGAAAGGAUUUCUGAACAGUCUGAAGAAGAAUGGUUAUUUCAGAGGGGAGCUGGAGGGCUCUGUACAUUACAGAAAACUGAUGACCUCAGCAGAGAACUUCUUUAAGCAGUCAAUCACCCCAACACACAGCUCAGGUGGCAGGGCCCCAGCUGAGGAGGUUCUUCAGCUAUUACAGAGCUGUGCUCCCUACAACCUGGAUGAGCUGAGUAAACGGGAGGCCCAUCUACCCCCAGAGGAUAGUGAAGGUUGGCUGGAUAUUUCAGCCCAGGAGCUGGAGCAUCUGUUGGAGGGGAGUGGAGUGGGGUUGGGUGGCUCCGAGCCCAGCCUGACCAAACAUACGCAGGGAGGAAGGAGUGAGAAAGGGGAGGAGGAGGGCAGCUACAGCCUGGUGGCUGUAACCCAGGGCAUGAAGAACUUCAUCAACGCCAUGUCUUCACACGAGGGGGCAGAACUACCCUGGUCCCAUUCAAAUGAGCCGUUCAGUUUUGAUCCAGAAUCCAUGGCUGGUGCACUGGACAGACUACUGGGGGCUAAGGAUGAGGAGUUGGACUCAGACGACCUAGAUGACGAUGAUGAUGAUGAUGAUGAUAGAGUGAAGGGUCCUACUGGACCGCUAGGAGUAGGACCAGAAGCUUUGGAAGAUCUUAGGAAGUACAUGGAUGAGAUGGACCAUGAGCUUAUGGGCACAAACAUCGGACAGAGCUUCAACCAGCAGCAGGACACUAGUAAAGCAGGCCCCGGCCAGGAGGAUCUGCUGGGUGGGGAUGAAGAGGAGAUCCAGCCCCUGAACAUAGACCUUAACCUGGUCACUAACCUCCUGGAGUCUCUGAGCUCCCAGGCAGGGCUGGCUGGGCCUGCCUCUAACCUGCUGCACAGUCUUGGCAUCCACCUGCCCCCAAUACUGACCGUUCAUGAACCCCCAAAAAACUGACUUUUCAUUAUGACCUCGUGCCCAUAUCUUACUGUCUGCACAGCCAGGAUGCACAGGACUUUAAACUCCUGGCUCAGAGUACACUGGGCCAGAAUCAUAUUGAUCAUCAGGAUAGGGGUUUGACAAUUGAAUCAUGUUUGCAUUCAGAAUUACAAGAUCUAAAAGUUAACUGUAACCCUAAAACUUUGAUUCUAACAGAGACACUUGUAUCCCUGUUGGAUAUAUUAGUCUGAUUCUGACUGUCUUAAAUGUGUUUUUUUUGUAUCUUUUUUUUUUUUUUUACAGCACUUAUAAUACAUGAAAUAGUCAAAUUAAUAAAGCUAUUACUUUUGUGGGACAAAAUGUGUAACUACUUUCUAAAUUAUUUUCACUGCCUUAAAACCACACUUCACUUACCCUGUGCCUUUAUUGGAAUUACAUUGUUUAAAUAUUAACCAAAAUGCACAUGUCGGAUAAAGUCAGGACAGGUCUGAUGGAAACGACAGCAAAUUUUUCAGUGAAAUUUCCAAAUGUCAACAAUAUUCUAGACAAGGUGAGAUUUUUGUCAGUAACAUUAAUUAUUAGGAAAAUGGUGAUGGAAACACCUUUAUGCACAAAUAAUGAUUUAACGUAAACCUGGAGUCACACGAAGAUGAGUUGUGUGGUCGUCUCACUACGACUCGUAAACUUAGCAUUUUAUUAGGUUAAAGAUGUUAUAAAAUCACAGGGUGGGAAAGUGUACGGUGAUGAGUUUGCUUCGGCUUUCCAAUAGAUAUUCUAUUUGACAAAUAACAAUCUCGCACUGUAUAUGUGAGAUAUUAGCUAGUGUUUUAUGUAACUUAACUGUUGCUAUUUAAUGCAACAGUUUGUGACAAUGGGUAGAGUAGAAAAUGCACAUUGAACUGGUUUUUAUUCGGUAUAUCUACAUGAAUUUACAAAAGUCCUUUUAACUGAUUUCAGCCAGUGUAUUGUAUGUCAGUGGAUUGACUGUUGUUUGAAUUGAAUAUUGGCAGUUGGAAAAAAUGCAUGGAAUCAUUCCUCUAAAUUUGGAUGGCUAGCUAUCAAACAUACAGUGCAUAUACAUUCUUCAAAUGCAUUAUUUUACACUAUCUUAUAGCACUGGCAAACCAUGGUUGACCAACUCCCAGACCGAAAUGGCUGACAUUUACCUUAUAAAGUUCAAGAUUAUUCUAGUAAUUUGAUGGUCAUCAUGUGCUUGCUUUUUAUCAUUUGUCUUUUGUAGCUCAGUUGGUAGUGCUUGUAACGCCAGGGUAGUGGGUUUGAUUCCCGUGACCGUCCAUAUGUAAAACCUAUACACGCAUGACUAAGUUGCUUUGGCUGAAAGCUUCUGCUAAAUGGCAUAUGUUAUAUUAUCCCCAACAAGUUGGUUCUUUAUGCAUAUAUUCACAUGAUUGGAUGGAAACCUAGCUACUGUUAACUUUUAUUGUUGCAUGUGGGGAAUUGAAAAACCUUGAGGUAGACAGUAUCUUAAUCGGUUAACACUUGAACUGUAAUGCUUAUUAUUUAGUUUAUCAAUUACACCACUCUAAAGUAGCAGCCUUAUGACAUAUUCCCAGUUGGAUAAUUUCUGUAUGGUUGAUAAUCCAGUGCAAAGAUUUUAUCCAGUCUCCCUACAUAUUGAGUGCCUUUUCAAACAAUUUUAUAUAGGUUCAGUAGUAAGUAUGAUAUAUAGGAUAAGAAGGAACACAGCGCUGGUAAUUAAAGCGCUGCACCUAGGGAGUUGAAGACUUUGUACUAUAGAGUGAAUAAUACUGCUCUGUAGUACAACUAUCCUUCUACUGGUAGAAGUUGACCAUAGACAGAUCUAGAAAAAGAUUAUCCUUACCAAAUCCUCCCUUUAACCAUUAACUUUUACAGAUCCACAAUCGUGAGCAUCCUGUCAGGCUGUAUCACAGCCUGGUACAGCAACUGCUCCACCCUCAACUGCAAGGCUCUACAGAGGGUGGUGUGGUCUGCACAACGCAUCACCGGGGGCAAACUACCUGCCCUCCAUGACAAC